AUGAUUGUCAAUGGGGCAUCCGACCCCAUUUUAUGUCGUUGUUUUCCUUCCUUUUUAGACGGACCCGCGCUUGACUGGUUUUGCUCUUUACCUGCAGAUUCCAUUUCACGCUUUCAGGAGCUAGCAAAGCAAUUCGAACAACAUUUUGCGGCAUCGGCAAUUUACUUGCAUGAUUCCGACUACCUGACUACAAUCAAACAGGGUCCACAGGAAAGUCUAAAGGAUUAUAUUACCCGUUUCACGAAAGUCGCCAUGCAAAUUCCUGAUCUACACCCAGAGGUCCACUUGCAUGCAAUUAAAAGCGGCCUCCGACCUGGCAAAUUUCAAGAAACAAUUGCAGUAGCCAAGCCAAAGACCUUGGCCGAGUUUAGAGAGAAAGCUAAGGGGCAAAUAGACAUCGAAGAGCUUCGACAGGCCCGACGAGCAGAAAAGUCUCCCUUCCUGAAAGAUGAGGAUAAACCUCGGGAGAGCAAGAAGAACUUUAAGCCUGUGCCGCGAUACGAGUCCUACACUCAGUUCAACGCCAAAAGGGACGACAUUAUCAAAGAAAUUUUAAACUCCAAGCUCAUCAAGCCACCCCGUAAAGCCGGCAACUACCCCGAGCCAAAGAAUGUAGACAAAUCGAAGUAUUGCAGCUUUCACCAAAAGCAUGGUCACACUACAGAUGAAUGUGUGAUCGCCAAGGAUCUAUUAGAACGCUUGGCGCGGCAAGGACACCUUGAUAAAUUCAUUGCAGGACAUAUGCAGAAACGUACAAGCUCCGACCAACCCGUGACAAUUUCAUCAUCCAAAGAAAAGGACAAAGCACCGGCUCAGCCCAGAGGAAUCAUUAACUGUAUUUCAGGAGGAUAUGCCGGCGGAGGAGAAACAAACUCGGCAAGAAAACGGACAUACCGGGCCAUGUUGGCGGUCGAACACUCUUCUGUCCAAUCUCAACCAACCUCGGACAUCCCUGAGAUGACUUUUGGUUGUUCUGAUUUUAAGUCAAACCAUACGAACUAUGAUGAUCCCGUGGUGAUCUCAAUUCAGUUGGGAGACCUUAUUGUUCGGAAAGUGCUGCUUGAUCCUGGGAGCAGCGCCGAUGUACUAUUCUUCACUACAUUCCAGAAAAUGAAGCUAAGCACCCAUAUCAUGCAAAAUUACUCAGGAGAUCUAGUCGGAUUUUCAGGUGAACGAGUACCUGUACUCGGAUCUGUGUGGUUACAGACCACACUCGGUGAGCAACCCCUAACUAAGACACAGGAUAUACAGUAUCUCGUGGUUAAUUGCUCCAGUCCUUAUAAUCUCAUAUUAGGAAGACCCUUUUUAAACAGAUUUGCUGCUAUUGUUUCCACUUUUCAUCUUUGUAUCAAGUUUCCUGUGCAGGAUAAUAUAAUCGCCACUGUACAUGGCGACCUUCACGAAGCACGGCAAUGCUACAAUUCCAGCCUCAAGCCAGUCAAAAGAAGCGCCCAGGCACGUGUUCACUCUAUACAACCUGGGAGACCACUGCUAAACGAGCUUGAUCCUAGGGCCGACUUUGAAGAUCGCCCAACCCCAAACGAAGAGCUAGAAAAGGUUAUCCUCAAAGAGGAUCCUACAAAAUUCACAUUCAUCGGAACAUCUAGCACCGGAGAGGAAAAGCAAAACCUGAUAAAAUGCUUAUGCCAAAAUGCCGACCUAUUUGCUUGGACUUCAGGAGAUAUGCCGGGGAUAGACCCAGAAGUAAUCACGCACAAACUACAAAUCAACCCUACAGCUCGGCCGGUCUGCCAGAAGAAAAGAAACCUCGGAGCCGAGAAGCGAUCAGCGUCCGUCGAAGAAGUCAAGAAACUCAUUGAUGCCGAGUUCAUCAGAGAGCUCCGUUUCACGACAUGGUUAGCCAACAUCGUCAUGGUAAAAAAGAAAAACGGUAAAUGGCGCAUGUGCGUCGACUUUACUGAUUUAAAUAAGGCCUGCCCUAAAGAUGCUUAUCCUCUGCCGAACAUUGACACCUUGGUUGACAGUUCAUGCGGUUAUGGUACCUUGAGCUUCAUGGAUGCAUACUCUGGUUAUAACCAGAUCCUUAUGCACCCGUCAGACCAGGAAAAAACAGCAUUUAUAACUGAAUACGGCAACUAUUGUUAUAAUGUUAUGCCUUUUGGAUUAAAGAAUGCAGGUGCAACUUAUCAGCGGCUCAUGAACAAAGUCUUUGAGGAACAAAUCGGCCGGAACAUUGAAGUAUACGUAGAUGACAUGGUCGUCAAAACAAAGGACGGCUCCUCUCACAUACAAGACCUCGAGGAGAUAUUUGCACAAGUCAGAAAGUAUAACAUGAGGCUGAACCCCGAGAAGUGUGCUUUCGGCGUCCGAGGAGGCAAAUUCCUCGGCUUUAUCCUAACAAAUCGAGGCAUUGAGGCAAACCCUGAAAAGUGUCAAGCAAUACUUAACAUGCAAAGUCCCAGGAGCAUAAAAGAAGUGCAGCGUCUAACAGGCCGAUUAGCAGCCCUGUCAAGAUUCCUCCCAGGCUUGGCAUCUAAAUCACACAGCUUUUUUCAAUGUCUAAAAAAAGAUAACAGAUUUUUUAGUUGGAACGAAGAUUGUGAAAAAGCAUUUGCCGAUUUAAAACAAAUCCUUUCAAAACCACCAAUUUUGCAAAAACCCAAACUCGGCAAACCACUAUAUUUGUAUUUAUCUAUUACUGACGUGGCAAUUAGUUCUGUUCUCAUUACAGAGGAAGAUAACCAACAGAGACCGGUUUACUUUAUUAGCAAGUCAUUACAGGGUGCAGAACUCCGCUACCCAAGGCUCGAAAAACUCGCCCUAGCCCUGAUCUUCUCCGCAAGACGACUCCGACCUUAUUUUCAAAGCCACACAAUCAUCAUCAGAACAGACUACCCGCUUCGUCAAAUACUCAGCAAGCCCGAGCUAGCCGGCCGGUUAAUCAAGUGGUCUAUCGAACUUUCCGAGUUUGACAUCUCAUACCAACCACGCGGCGCCAUCAAACCACAAUGGUUAGCCGACUUUGUCGCAGAAUUAACAAGCUCACACCCAGAACAGGUAGAUCAGAAAUGGACCUUGUUUGUUGAUGGUGCCUCAAACACUCAGGGAUCGGGAGCAGGCAUACUACUGGAAAGUUCAGACGGCAUAGUCCUAGAGCACUCCCUCCGCUUUUCCUUCAAAGCCAGCAACAACCAAGCGGAAUACGAAGCUCUCAUUACAGGGCUAAGGUUAGCAGCCGAUCUAAACAUUAAAAACUUAACAAUACUCUGUGACUCUUUAUUAGUUGUUCAACAAGUCAACCGAACUUUCCAGGUAAAGGAUCAGAUUUUGCAAAAAUAUUUAGAUGUUGUUCAACAACUCUUAGCAAACUUUCUGAACGCUACAAUACAUCAUAUACCUAGAGAACAAAAUCAUAGAGCAGAUGUUUUGUCAAAGUUAGCAACAACACAAGCACACACUGCCAAACUAUUGCAAUCAACUUUAGAAAAACCAAGCAUCGAUGCAGUGAGCAUUUUAACCACUUUAAACAAAGAUAGCUGGCAAAAUGCUUAUCUCCAUUACCUCAGACAUGGAUCUGUUCCCGAUGAAAUCCAAGACAAGAAAAAGUUUAAGAGACAAGCAUCUUUUUUCACGUUACUAAAUAACACUUUAUAUAGGCGGGGUUACUCCGACCGCUCUUAA